AUGAUCGAUAGAAGCGGCUCGCUCCUCGCCACUGUGCGCACGGCACUCGACGCAUCUCCACCCGCCGUCGCAGAGCCGGGCACCUUGCGCCUCCACACGCUCUUCUCCAUCCCACGUCAGGUCAAAUCCCUCUUUCCGCUCGCACACAUUCAUCCGACCGACCUGGAGUACAACAAGAAAGCCGCAUCCAUCGGUGCUCUCGAGGAGCAGAUCUUUGUCACGGCCAGCUGGGUGCCUCUCGCCAAAGACGAUGUCGAGGGAGCCGUUGAAGCCACCAAAGCGGGUGAAGGAGGCGAGACUCGUCCGUCCAAAGAGACUGCACGGGAUCGUAGCGCACCGCUGCUCAUCCUCGCCAUGGAAUUGUACCUGUAUACCAUCCCCGAACUCGGUUCUGCCGUGCUGUACGUCUCGAAGCUCGACUCGAGCGGCUAUGGGCCCAAGACGAUCCCCACCCCACUGCGCGAAGCCCUAUCACGCCAAGUCUUCGCGGACAAAGACACCAAAUUCGGCAAUACCCUAACAGCCACCCUCAGCUCAGCCGUCACCCAGCACUUCACCUCGUUCAAGCACUGGGAUGCAACCAGCCAGAGCAGUUCAAGCGUUCAAGUCUCCCAUCUCUCGGUCCAUAUCCUGGCCCGCUCUCAGAGAGCCUAUCUGUUCCCAUCGAGCCCCGAAAACAAGGACAAGAAGGUGCUCUCCGACGGAGGACUCAUCAAGUGGUGGAGAGCCGUCAUGUCCGACGUCGUGGUGUCGUCCAGGGACGAGACGUCGGCCGUGAGGAAGACCGCCAAGUCGAAAGGAGGGGCGAUCGAUGCGAGGGCAUUCUACGUCAUUCCAGGCUAUAGCAAGAUGGAGUCGCAUCCGCUGGUUCCGCUUGUUCGCGAAGCAGACUCGAGCAGCACAGCUUCGCAGGCUGGUCAGGUGCUGAAGCAAGCCAAGUGGAAUUACGGUCAUCCAUACAGCUCGGGCGGAGCAUCCUGUCCCGAAUCCGAUCUUCCACCUCUACCCUUGCAUUGGCAGUCGUCGAGCUUUGUCCUCUCCAACUCCGACACCGAGAAGGACAAGGUGCCAACGAAUCCCGAUGCAAGCGACUACGACCCCAGACGGGUGCGAACAGUGCCGACGCUCAUGCCGCACUUUUCGGACGAUCCCAAGACGCGUUUUCUGGACGAAAUGGCCCGUGAUGCACACGAGCAUUCCGGCUGGAAGAAGAAGGUCGCCAACGGCACGAGCGAACCCAAAGCACCAGGCGUCACCAACGAGGAGAAGGAGAACGGGAUCGAGUCGGAGCUGGAUGUGUCUUCGUUCAAGGGCGAGGCCAUCUCCAACGGCACCAAGCGACCUGCAGAGGAUUCUACCGACGACUCUCAAUCAGAAAAGAAGGUCAAGACCGACAUCCCCACCACCUCUUCGUCCUCCGGUGUACCUCUGGUGACCCUCCGCGCGCAGAUGCGCGAGCGCCAAUCAAUGGACGAUCUGCCCAUCGACGAGUUCUGGGAGCGCAUGGCCUUUCGGCAGGAAUGCUGUUCGGGUAACGCCGUCGGUGUUCUCGUCAUCCUCUUCACCCGUUUGCCCCCAUCCUCUUCUGCCUCCAGCGGGACGACGGUGGAACGUCAACCGUUGAGUCUGCCCUACAAGGUGCUGGGCGAUCUCGUAUUCAAGUCGCUCAUGAAAGAUUCGUGCGAGUGGAACAAGGUCACGCUGGCCAGGCAGUUGACCGAGAGCUGGUUCCAGGGCGUCGAUCGGGAGGUGCGCCGAAAAGGUGGGCUGGCGCAGUGGAAGCAGGAGGUAGGGCGCGAGGAGGAUGAACUGGCUACGUUGGUGGGGCGGGGCACGAUCUGGGCCGACUUUGUCUUGAAUGGACCGACAAAGGAGCAGCUGGACAAGUCGAAGAAGGAGGCGGAGACGAAGCAGAAUGGCAACUCGACAGGGACAACGGCGCCGGGAGGCGGGGCCAACAUGCUCAGUGUCAAACGCAAGAAGAAGCCUGCGGCGUAA